AUGGAACUCUGCUGCGGCGGGAAGCUGCGGGACUUGCGGUACCGAUAUAUGGCGAGCCGUCUGAGGGUCUCCGAGAGCCUCGAGCGAGACGAACAAAUGGAAACAAAGCUGAGUAUGAGCAUGAACAUAAAAAGUUUAGAACAAGUGCUGACGGAUAUACAGAAGCUAAAACGGACGGAAGAAAUGAAACGAUACAGUACCUUCGACAGAAGAAUUUCCUUUUUAAAAAGAAGCAGCAUAAUAAACAAAACAAAUUACAAAUCUGGACGAACCAUUUUGGAGAAGAGACUUUUGGCAGUUGACUGUGAGCUGAUUAAAGUUCCAGGGGAUGGCAACUGUCUGUUUCGAUCCAUUUCUUGUAAUUUAUUCAACGAACAAAAGUAUCAUAUGUAUGUGCGGAAAAGGUGUGUGGAGCAUAUGCUAAAUUGUAAGGAGGAGUUUUCCAUUUAUUUUGAGGAGGGUACCUUUCACGAAUACACAGAAAAAAUGUCUCAGAAUGGCUACUGGGGGGACGAGCUAUGUAUAAAAGCCACGGCAGAUGCUUUUGAUUGCGUUGUUUAUAUUAUCACGUCCACUGAGGACAACUGGCAUUUGAAAUACGAGUCCAAGCAUCGAACCGAGGGGGAGUACAAGAAGUGCGUGUUUCUGGCUUACACGAGUCCCGUGCACUACGACUCCUUUAGGCUCAUUCGGUCGUGA